CACUUGUCCUUCGCCUCGGCUUCUUUGCCCCCUCCAUUUGAUAAACCGAAGGGCCCCCAGUGCUGUAAUAGUUCCUCGCAGGGCCUCCUUGGUUGACUUCCACAUUCCCAGCUUCUCACUCUGCGCCGGGAAGGAAAGGAAAGGGACGAAGGCGGGAGGAUCCGGAUUCCGGGUUGGAAGAAACCGGGGUUUUGAACCCAGAGGUCUGACAUUUGGGUAACUCAGACAUGGAUAGGAAUCCAUCCCCACCGUCUAGUGAUUCAGAAGAUGAGGCAGUCAUUGCUGGAGAUUCCAUUGGAAGUACAGUCUAUAGCAAACACUGGCUAUUUAAUGUCCUUACCAAACUUAUUGAGAUUAUUACUCCCAAAAAGGACGAGGAUUCUGAGUUAAACGAUGAAGAAGAAGAGAUGGAGUUAGAUGACGAUAUGGAGAAUGACAUUUGUAAAGUAUGGGAUAUGUCCAUGGAUAAGGAUGUGGCUUUAUUUCUACAAGAGUUUAAUGCCCCAGAUAUAUUUAUGGGUGUAUUUGCAAGGUCUAGGUGUCCCCGACUUACUGAAAUCUGUGUGGGAAUAUUGGGUAACAUGGCCUGUUGCCAAGAAGUUUGCAUUGCUAUUAGCAAUAAUAAGAAUCUUGGGGAGAUGGUGCUGCUGCGCUUGUGUGAUUCUGAUUCCCCAACCCUCCUUGAAACAAGCCGGUUACUCCUGUCUUGCCUCUCUCAAUCUGAAGUGGCUGAUAUUUGGGUGGAAAGAUUCCGAGAAAGUCCAUCAGUAUAUGAUUGUAUCUGCUUUAUUAUGUCUAGUUCUACAAAUGUGGAGUUGCUGGUGAAAAUAGGCGAAGUGGUUGAUAAGUUAUUUGACUUGGAUGAAGAUCUCAUGUUAGACUGGAUUAAAAAAGGUUCUCAAUGGUCAGUGACACAGCCAGUGGAUGAUUCGCCCAAUGAGAGUCCAGUUCUUAAGAUUGUACCUUGUCUGCUUGAAGCAACAAAACAAAUCUGCUCAGAAAAAAAUUCUGAAGGACUUGAUGUAUACAUGCAUAUCUUACAGCUCCUCACAACUGUGGAUGAAGGCAUUCAAACAAUUGUACAGUCUCCUGAUAAUGGAAAAGAAACUUGGAGUUUGCUGCAUAAUCUGUUUUGUUGUGAACUCUGCCAGCCAGAUGACCCACCAAUUAUCGUUCAAGAACAGAAAACUCUCUUGGCUUCUAUAUUGUCUGUUCUAUCAGCCAUCUUUUCUUCACAAAGCAGACAAGAAUUUGUCAAGAUAGAAAAAAAUAUGCCUCUGAUUGAUAGUUUAAUAAGAGUCGUACGAAACUUGGAUGAAUGUGUAAAGAGAUCUGGUGACAGUUUGAACAAAUCUAAGUCAGAAGAUCCUGAAAAGUUGGAAAUAGUUGAAGAAGAUUUCCAUUUAAAAAUCGUGAAGGACAUCUGUUGUGAAUUACUCUCCAAUAUGUUUCAGGAAAUGUCAAAGGAACACAUACUAGAGGGACUCAAGCAGGGUCAUUUAAAUGAAGAGAAAUGUUCCUGUGUAUUUCAAAAUCUUCUCCCUUUAUAUUUAUCUUCGGUGAAGAGCUUUCUUGAAGUGCUACGUGAAGCUGAUCCGACCCUUGCAGACAGCUUAGAAAAAAACUUCCCAAGCUCAAAACUCCAGAUAUAAGACCACAUUUACCACAUUUUCUAGCUGGAAGAUUUUGAAUUGUUCAGUACCGUUUAAGAAAGUAAUAUGAAAGUGUAUUUUUAAAAAAGUUUAAAUUCUCUUUCUUGAACAUCUUUACAAGGAAAGUAAAAUGAAUGUACUCAUGAAAGAGGAAUGGAAAUGACAGAGAAUGUUAUAGAAGACAAACUGAUAGGCACCUGAAAUGUUUAUUUUUAUAGGCUUGAAAUGAGAGGAAAGCACAAACAUAGUUUUAUAUGUUCUUAGCCAUUCAUGUUGUGAGUCUUCAUGUUCUUGAUGAAACAGUGGUAUAACUUCAUAUAUUUUUCAAGAGUUUUUUUAUCUCUCUGUUAAUAGUAAUAUUGGUUAAGAAAUCCAACAGAAUUUGUUCCUGUUAUAGAAAAGAGAAAGCAGAAUAUGAAAAAUGGGUAGGAACCAAACUGCGUCUAACUGAUGGAUCAAGCACAACCUUCCACAGGUUGUUGGAUUGUAACUCGCAGCACUCCAUAGUAUUGGCUGUGAGUGGAAUGUGUAUAAUAGUAUCCUCGUGUUUAAUUAUCUGAAGCGCUAGAACUACAACAUGCACACAGGGUGCUGAUUGCAAUCCUUAUUAGUUGUGGAAUUUUAGCUGGGAAACAAAUUUGAAUUCAGUGGCUUAAAACAAUGAUACUAUAACCAGGAUCCAACUGGGAACAUCAAUUCCAGUUACAAAUGGGAGUUUUUAGUGCUGCAACAAUCCCUCUUAAAUUUACCCCAAAUCUCACUUUCAAGAUAAAAGGAUCCUCCAGAAAGGCAGUGCAUUUGAAGAAAAGAGUUACCGUUAGAAGAUCUUUUCUUGCUAGUCCUGUGUGUGUGAAUGGAAGCAAAUUUAGAUUUCAUAUAGGCAUUUUUGUACUAAAACAAGCAUUGAUAUCUGUUUUGUAUAUAUAUUGGAAAUAUAUUGUAACUAAAGUUUGACAUUAGUUUUUAUUAAACACAGUAAAAGAGUUUUGUAUAACUACAUUUUCUACUCAUGUUUCAUAACCUUUCUUGUUGAUACAUGUUUGUAAUCCUCUUGUUUAAAAAAAUAUUCUUCAGUCACCCCAUCUGAAUGUAGGAUGGAUAUUUGGCAGUGACUUUAAGAAUUAUGAUGGAUAUUGGAAUAUUUUGUAGAACUGCACUGAAUUUUUGUUGCACUGUUUGUUGAGGACUGUUGUCCUUGUCUCUUCUUGACUGUUGAUCUAAGGAAAAUAGUCCACCAUUUCUCAUGUAGAAUGCAUGAUGACAACAUGACAUCACAUUUUCAAUCAAAUUUAGUUAUAAGAUGUUAUCACUAACUGUGGUAGUUCCUUUUUGUUGGCCUUGUGCUCAAUGAGAAAUACAUUAAGAAAUAAUUACCAAAGUAACUGCAACAGUGUUUUAGAUACAAAGUGAUAUCUUAAGUUAAGAGUUUAAUGUGUUCUGUGACCGAACUCUUUAACACAAAUUGUUCUUAUCUCAAGGUGAAUUUCCCCCCUGAAAUGCAUUAAAAUGCUAUUAAUCCA